UCAUGGCUUCAAGUGAGAUGUGUAACGGGCCUGAUGUAACACUUGAAGUUGAUGGCCACAAAUUUCAUUGUCAGAGGAAUGAACUGGCUAGCCGAAGUCCUUACUUUGAAGCCAUGUUCAGUCCUAAUUUUAUGGAAAAAGAGCAAAAAAUUAUACCAAUUAAGGAUGUGGAUGCUGUGGCAAUGAGGUUCAUUUUAAAUUGGAGUAAUGACUCUAGCCAAAUAGAAUCCCUCAAAGAAGAGGAUAUAUUAGCUGUUAUUCAAGCUGCUGACUUGCUUCAAUAUCACCAAUUAAAAAAGACUUGUGAAGAAAUCAUGGUGCAGCGUUGGCUUUCCCCAGAAAGCUGUCUGCUGACAGCUGCUACAGCAGACCAAUUAUCACUUACUAAAUUGUAUCAAAAAGCUUUUACUCUAGCACUUUGGACCUUCUCUGAGGUGAGGCAUACCCAAGCAUUCCUAGAGCUUCCUCUAGAUAAUUUAGUCCACUAUCUGACACAAGAAGCACUUUUUCUUGGUCCGAAUGGGGAUGAAUUCCAGGUUUUUGAAGGAGUUUCAUGUUGGCUUGAUCAUAAGGUCUCAGACAGGAAAUCUGAAACUUUGGAUGCUCUUUCUUGUAUUCGAAUGAGAUACAUUUCAAUCAGUGACUUAAAAAGCAUGUUACACUACACUUGUGUAGAGAGCUGUGAUGAAGCUCACUUAUUGAUUAAAUGUGUCUUAUGCAUUCGCAAUGGUGUAGACAUUUCAGUCGAGGAAAUAAAUGAGAAAGAAGCUCCCAAAGUUGUUACAGAAGAUGAUGUAAGUGAUAUCGACAGUGGGUGCUGUGAUCAGUUUAAAAGAAUUGCGGAAACACUCUCCUGUAGAUCUGAAGUUCCAGAAGUGUCAUCAGUUAAAGCUGCGGAUGAUGUUAGUGAAUUAAGUAAUUUCAAAAAGUUUCCGUCUAGUAUAGUUUCUAGAGCUGAAAGGAUUCUUCGUUCAAAAGAACGUGUUUUACCAACUGUGGCGUGUAUUAUUGGUCAUGUCAUUGAAGAAGAAAGAAAACUUACUCAGAUUGAAGAAAAUGAUUCACCUUCUAAUAACAUUGCUAAGAAAAACAAAAAAGGGAAAAGAGAUAGGAGUGGUAGUCCUUGCAUUUUCAUCUGGGAUCACAGCAGGAGUGAGAAACCAAUCCAAUUACUCCCUCUCACAAAAAUUGAUCAAGGACCUACUGAAGCUCUUGGCUAUACUGUUGUUACCAGAGGUCAAGAUCUGUACGUGAUUGGUGGAGAAUAUCUUCUUGGCUAUGGGAACUGGAAUAAGUCUGUUUGGAAAUACAAUGUGUGGAGUGAAACAUGGAGUUUUGAAACUAGUCUUGCUGUCCCAAGAAGGCAUCAUUCUGUAGUGUGUUUGGAUAAUGAUUUGUAUAUCAUUGGGGGUUGCGGUAAAUUCAGAGUAAUUAUGGAUUCAGUGGACCGUUACGACUUUAGCACAAGAACAUGGCAUAAAUGUGCUCCUCUACCAAGUAGUCUGUAUUCAGCAGCCACUUGUGUGCAUAAAAAUUUGAUUUAUGUGAUCUCAUGCCAAGUUUUCUGUUAUUAUCCAACAAGUAAUAGUUGGGCAACCUUAAAUGAUGUUAACAUACCAGCUGGAAUGAGUUUUAAUACUGCUAUGCCUUAUGGAGAACAUAUUUUCCUUACAGGAUGUUACUCAUCAGAUUUGAUGUGCUAUGAUCCUAUUAGAGAAAAAUCUAUGAGGCAGAUUGGCUCUUUCCAGAACCCAGCAGGAGACGCCUGUUUAGUAGGCUCAAAGAUCUACUCAUUCUCUGAAAACAAUGAUGUACCUUGUAUAGAAAUGUAUGAUAUUGAGGCCAAUUCGUUCAAAGUUCUGUGGACAGGAGGCGCCAAAGAUAAAAAUAUUUCUUUCAAGAAACUUGGAGGCUGCUUUCCUCUCAUAUUAUAUGAAACAUUAUGGAAUGGUUCUACCGGUAAUAAAAAAGAUUAACAAAG